UACCCGGGACCUCCGGGUCCCGAUGCGAACCCUCGACCGGCGCCCACCGUCCCCGGAGUUCCUCUUCGUCGAAGAGGCUCGCCGUCAGCGUCGCUCCUGGGGAGAAAACCUAACCUUCUACACCGGCUGCUCCUAUCUGGCCGGCGCAAUCGGCGGCGGCGCCACCGGUCUCCUCUCCGGUGUCCGCUCCUUCGAGGCCGGCGAUACCACCAAGCUCAGGAUCAACAGGGUACUCAACUCCUCGGGCCACACGGGUCGGGUCUGGGGAAACCGGCUGGGCGUGAUCGGGUUGAUCUAUGCGGGUAUGGAGAGUGGGAUUCAGGCGGUGAGAGAUACGGACGAUGUUUUGAAUAGCGUCGCGGCCGGACUCACCACCGGCGCGGUGUACCGAGCUGCGAGGGGCGUGAGGUCUGCCGCGGUGGCCGGAGCCGUCGGAGGAGUCUUGGUCGGUGUGGCUGUCACGGGGAAGCAGGCGCUCAAGCGAUACGUGCCGAUAUGAGCAGGGAGAGUUCGUUUGUGAUGCCAGUGGUGUGGUAUUAUUGGCUUUUUCUCUGUCUCGUUAGGGUUUGGAAAUUUUGAUAGUCCCGUUAGGAAUCGGAAUUUAUGAUAAAUGAAUAUAUGUGGGCAAUGCAUGGUGUUUCUGUGCUUGGAAUUUUAAACGGAAUUGAUUAUUUGAUUAACAAGUAGUUGAGCAUGGGAGUGACCAUGCUUUCAUACUAGUUUUCUUGUUAAAAGUUCUAUUGUAAUUUGUCGAAUUGUCCUGAUAAUGAAUAAUUGGGAUGCAUUUAAACUUCUGGGUUGCAUUGUAUA